AUGUGCAGGCGCGAUCGCGACCGAGAUCCAGGUCAAGGUCACCUUCGGCCUAGCCAGUGCAAAUUGUUCAUUAUCUUCGCUGCUUUCAUCGCUGUAUCCAGGGCCGGCCUCAUCGGAGCCCCCCUGGCCACCACUUACGCUGCCCAGCCCAUUGCUGUAGCGAAAACAGUAGUUUCUGACGAAUACGACCCUCAUCCUCAGUACUCUUACGGGUACGACGUCCAAGACGCUUUGACAGGUGACAGCAAAAGCCAGGUCGAGAGCAGAGACGGAGAUGUUGUUCACGGAUCCUACUCUUUGACUGACGCCGAUGGCCUCCGUCGUACCGUGGACUACACUGCUGACCCAAUCAACGGUUUCAACGCCGUAGUACGCAGGGAACCGCUCGCAGCCAAGGCCGUAGUCGCCGCUCCCGUCGUAGCCAAAGUAGCCGCUCCACUCGCCUACGCCGCUCCAGUAGCGAGAUACGCCGCUCCCGUAUCCCACCUUGCCUACUCCGCCCCUGGUCACGUGGCCUACUCCGCACCUGGCCAUUUGGCCUACUCUGCACCUGGCCAUUUGGCUUACUCCGCACCUGGCCAUUUGGCCUACUCCGCACCUGGACAUUUGGCCUACUCUGCCCCUGGCCAUCUUGCCUACUCUGCCGCCCCCGCUCAUUUGUCGUACGCCGCCCCUUCUCUGAGGAUUGGUUCGCCGUUGGCCUACUCCACCUCUGUGCUACACUGA